ACUCUCUAUGGAUUAAAUUAAAGAUGGCGUUUGAGUCAUGUUGGUGUUUUUGUUGUUUUGAGAAUGAAUGGCAUAGGUUAUAAACUUUUAUUUUGGUAUUAGAAUGGAGGUGACAGGCAAUGGAAACCGCACAACUCGAUUUAUGAUGGAAGGUGUUGGUGCACGAGUUAUACGUGGGCCAGAUUGGAAAUGGGGGAAACAGGAUGGUGGUGAAGGGCAUGUUGGCACUGUCAGAAAUUUCGAGUCCCCAGAAGAAGUUGUGGUUGUGUGGGACAAUGGCACAGCUGCCAACUAUAGAUGUUCUGGUGCAUUUGAUCUGCGAAUUUUGGACAGUGCCCCAACAGGCGUGAAACAUGAUGGCACAAUGUGCGACACUUGUCGCCAGCAACCAAUUUUCGGUAUCCGUUGGAAAUGUGCGGAGUGCGGCAACUACGAUCUGUGCUCCAUCUGUUACCAUAGCGACAAACAUCACGUCAGACAUCGCUUCUACCGCAUCACCACACCAGGAAGUGAAAGAAUGCUGCUGGAGCCCCGCCGCAAGAGCAAGAAGAUCGCGAUCCGCGGGAUCUUCCCCGGGGCGCGGGUGGUGCGGGGCGUGGACUGGCAGUGGGAGGACCAGGACGGGGGCAACGGCCGGCGCGGCAAGGUGAACGAGAUCCAGGAUUGGUCGGCCGCGAGCCCCCGCUCCGCCGCCUACGUCAUCUGGGACAACGGGGCCAAGAACCUGUACAGGGUCGGGUUCGAGGGGAUGGCUGACUUGAAGGUGGUGAACGACGCAAAGGGGCAAACCGUUUACCGCGACCACCUGCCUCUUCUCGGGGAGCAAGGCCCGGGACGUACGGGCCCCCACGGCCUGCGGAUAGGCGACCAGGUGAACGUUGACCUGGAACUGGAGAUAGUACAGUCCCUUCAACACGGACACGGCGGAUGGACGGACGGAAUGUUUGAGUGUCUGGGAACCACGGGCACGGUUGUCGGAAUUGAUGAAGACCACGAUAUCGUCGUGUCAUAUCCUAGUGGCAACAGGUGGACCUUCAACCCGGCGGUGCUGACCAAGGUGUCGGUGGCGGCCCCCAGCGGCAGCGCCAACGAGGCCCAGCCGCAGUUUGCGGUCGGCGACCUGGUGCAGAUCUGCAGCGAGCUGGAGCGCAUCAAGAUCCUGCAGCGCGGCCACGGGGAGUGGGCGGAGGCCAUGGCGCCGACACUUGGCAAGAUUGGCCGCGUGCAGCAGAUAUACCACGACAACGACUUGAAGGUGGAGGUGUGCGGGACGUCGUGGACUUACAACCCGGUCGCCGUCACCAAGGUCGCUUCGUCUGACGGCACUGUUCCCGGGACAUCCAGCGGAGAGAGGCUGAGCGCGCUGCUGAAGAAGCUGUUCGAGACGCACGUGUCGGGCGACGUGAACGAGGAACUGGUGAAGACGGCGGCCAACGGCGACGCCCAGCGCUGCGAGGAGUCCUUGAAGCGGCCGGACGCCGACCCCGACGGCGUGUUCGCCGGCCACACGGCGCUGCAGGCCGCCAGCCAGAACGGCCACCUCGAGGUCAUCAAGAUCCUGCUGCGCCACCGCGCCGACGUCGAGAUAGAGGACAAGGACGGGGACCGGGCCGUCCACCACGCGGCGUUCGGUGACGAGCCCGGCGUGAUGGAGCUGCUGGCGCACGCCGGCGCCGACCUGAACGCCCGCAACAAGCGCCGCCAGACGGCGCUGCACAUCGCCGUGAACAAGGGCCACGUGGGCGUGGUGAAGACGCUGCUGGAGCUGGGCUGCCACCCGAGCCUGCAGGACUCUGAGGGUGACACCCCGCUGCACGACGCCAUCUCGAAGAAGCGCGACGACAUGCUGACCCUGUUGCUGGACCACAACGCCGACAUCAUGCUGACCAACAACAACGGCUUCAACGCCCUGCACCACGCGGCCCUGCGCGGGAACCCAAGCGCCAUGCGCAUCCUGCUGCUGAAGCUGCCCCGGCCGUGGAUCGUGGACGAGAAGAAGGACGACGGCUACACGGCGCUGCACCUCGCCGCGCUCAACAACCACGUGAAGGUGGCCGAGCUGCUGGUGCACCAGGGCCGCGCCGACGCCGACCUGCAGAACGUGAACCUGCAGACCGCGCUGCACCUCGCCGUCGAGCGACAGCACACCGAGAUCGUGAUGCUGCUGGUGCGCGAGGGCGCCAACCUGAACGUGCCCGACAAGGACGGCGACACGCCGCUGCACGAGGCGCUGCGCCACCACACGCUCUCCCAGCUGCGCCAGCUCCAGGACGUGCAGGACGUGGGCAAGCUGCUCAUCGGGCUGGGCAGCCAGGGCGCCGACAAGAAGUCGUCCGCCUCCAUCGCCUGCUUCCUCGCGUGCAACGGCGCCGACCUCGCCGUGCGCAACAAGAAGGGCCAGACGCCGCUCGACCUGUGCCCCGACCCGAACCUCUGCAAGGCGCUCGCCAAGUGCCACAAGGACAAGAGCUCGAACCAGAUAGAGCCCCGCCGCCCGGACGGACAGAGCAGCGACGACCUGGUGACGCUGGACGAGUGCCUGGUGUGCUCGGACCUGAAGCGCGACACGCUGUUCAAGCCGUGCGGCCACGUGGCGUGCUGCAGCGCGUGCUCGCCGCGCGUCAAGAAGUGCCUCAUCUGCCGCGAGCCCGUCGUCGGCCGGGUCAAGAUCGAGGAGUGCCUGGUGUGCUCCGACAAGAAGGCCUCGGUGCUGCUGAAGCCGUGCGGGCACAUGUGCGCCUGCGAGGGCUGCGCGGCGCUCAUGAAGAAGUGCGUGCAGUGCCGCGCGCCCAUCGACCACAUGGUGCCGUUCGUCGUCUGCUGCUGGAGCGUCAACAACUCCAGAAUAAUACCAGAUGUCAACGAGGAUAGUGAAGAAGAGAAUACAAGGCCAAUCGAUAUAUCAACUCCCAUUUCAGACGAGGGCGCCACGCUGAUCUUCUCGUCUGGUCCGGGAGACUACAACAGGGCGGUGGACGCGAUUGACAAAGCAGCGGCGACCGCGGAGCAGAUGUGCCUGACGGGACCCAUAAUGAACAACGGCAGCUGCGACACGUCGAACCCGGACAUACAGAAGCUGCAGCAACAGCUGCAGGACAUCAAGGAGCAGACCAUGUGCCCUGUGUGUCUGGAUCGGCUGAAGAACAUGAUCUUCCUUUGCGGACACGGAACGUGCCAGAUGUGUGGCGACCGCAUGUCGGAAUGUCCCAUCUGCCGCAAGCAGGUCGAGAAGAGGAUACUGCUCUACUGAGAGGAGUAGAUACCCUAAGAGUAGAUUAAGGUGUGCAAGCUGACAAAAAGAUCUCACAACUCCAGUAACGUUGGUUGGCUCACAGUUGACAAUGUAGCAGAGUCAACUUUAUUCCUAGCCACAUUUUGAUUACAGCUCAUUGCUACCAUUACCUUCAGAGGUUUUUAAAAAUUGUGUUUUUUUAUUAUUAUUAUUAUUAUUUAUAGGACUUGUGAUGUAGAUAGAAGCAUUUGUAAUGAUGAUCUUGAGUUGAUUCAUUUUUAUAUACAUGUUGUUUCUAGGAGUUGUGACAUGCUUCUUUCAUGCGCACACGUCAAAAUGCUUGCCGAUUUCAAAUGACAGUGGUGCAACGCAUAAAUAUAUAUGUAAUUUUCUUAAAUAUUGCUUUGCAUCUGAGCUAAUUCAAGUGUGAAUAGUUUAACAUACGAAUUACAUUAUGAAGUUAACUGUAAUGACUGGUAUAACUUUGCAUGGGUGGUGGUUGUUUAUUAAUACAUAUAACAGGUGUUGUUAAAUAGUUAUAAAUUAUACAUAGCUUAUAAAAAAUAUCUCUAUGACCUUUAAAAGUUUAAAUUCACUUGUUAUUUAGAGUGGAAUUUUUUGAAAUGUGUAAUACUAAACGGACAUUGUGGGCACUUUGAUCAGACAAAGCACGUACAAUAGAUGUCAUAAAAAAUAGCCAAUAUUUCUACACGGUAGGGGAUUAUGUUAACUGAUUGUGGCCAUAUUUAAUUACUUACAGAAUAAGGAUGUUUGUUACUGAUGAAGUUAAAUUACCUUCUAUAUAUGUAUGUACAUGUUUUUGCCCCAACAGAUUGUAUAAAAUUGAAUUUGUUUGCAUUAUCACAUUAAUUUCAUAAUGGUGCAGUAUCUUUGUGCAUUAAAACUUCAGCCAGAUCAUUGACGAUAAGGGGAAGAGAAAGGGUUUUCCAAUACAUAAAUGUUGAAAUAAUGCUCAUUUCUGUCUCCUACUAUACAUACCCCUUCAUUUUAUGGCUUUUACAUUGUAUCGCUGAAGGUCAUUUGAGGAAAUAAAUUGUAAUGGCAUUUUAAAUUUGUAAAAUUCACAAAUAAAGAUUUUGAAAUAAA